AUGCUCGAAUACCGUACUCAAGGCUUCAAUGGCUACGCUGUAAAAUACUCUCCAUUCUUUGACUCUCGAAUCGCAGUAGCAUCCUCCCAGCACUUUGGUCUGGUAGGAAAUGGACGCCUCUAUGUCCUGGGAUUGACGCCUAAAGGCAUUAUUGCUGAGAAAUGGUUCGACACGCAAGACUCCCUCUUCGACCUCGCCUGGUCCGAAACGCACGAGAACCAAGUCCUAGUCGCUGCAGGCGAUGGUUCCGUCAAGCUCUUCGACAUCGGUAUCGAUGAAUUCCCCGUUCAGUCCUGGAAAGAGCACCUGAGAGAGGUCUUUGCUGUGCAUUGGAACCUAGUGUCCAAGAAUACAUUUUGCUCGAGCUCCUGGGAUGGUACUAUUAGAGUGUGGAACCCAACCCGCCCAACCUCCCUCAUCACCCUCCCCAUCCACUCCUGCACCUACUCCGCCUCCUUCUCCCCGCACUCACCCUCCCUCCUCUCCUCCGUCUCCAGCGACUCGCACUUCCGCCUCUUCGACCUCCGCACCCCCGCCUCCGCCUCCAACCACCUCGCCCUCACAAUCCCCAUCCAUUCAGCCCAAGCGCCUACCCAGAUAUCCUCAACCCAGCCAUCCGGCCCAGCGGGGCAAUUCCCUCCAAAUGAAGCGCUCACGCAUGACUGGAACAAAUACCGCUCCUCAAUCGUGGCGACGGCAGGGGUUGACAGGUUAAUACGGACGUUCGAUAUCAGGGCGCCGGGGCAGGGACCGCUGGUGAUACUUCCUGGGCACGAUUAUGCGGUCAGGAGGGUGUCGUGGAGUCCGCAUCUCUCGGACACAUUGCUCAGCGCGAGCUACGAUAUGACAUGUCGGAUAUGGACAGAUGGGAGUGCCAAAGCAGAGCCACCUCAUGCCGGCUCAAAGGGUUUUGGUGGUGAGCAAGGCAGGGAGUUGGGAAGGAUGGGCCGGCAUACGGAGUUCGUGUGUGGGGUAGAUUGGUGCUUGUUUGGGAGUGAAGGGUGGGUGGCUAGCACGGGUUGGGAUGAGAGGCUUUGUGUUUGGGAUGUCAGGGAGUUCAUGGGGCCAUGA